GCGGAACGGUAUAUUGUUUGGGUAUUGUUUACUAACAUGCUCUUGAAUAGCUACUGAUAAGAAAUAAAUCCGCAACUCUUGCAUCAUUCAGUGCAGUUUUUCGAAGCGUCAACACGUUAGAAUGGACAACAGCGCCUGUCGUCAUCGCUUCCGAUGUUUGAUGUGUUCCGACAUCGCUUUGUUUUGCGAUUGUUCGGAAAACUGCCACCAUGAUCACCCAAGACAGCUGCUUAUCUCCGAUGAACUGCUACUAUCACAAUACGGCUCAAAAGCGAAUGAUCCCGAGUAUACAGAGAUUACCAUUUUCAGCUGUCCAUAUUGCGAUCGUCAGAAGCUUAGUGUUUCUUCGCUGUAUGAUCACAUCACACUCGAACAUUUGGAUAUCCCGUUCAACGUGCGUUGUCCGAUUUGUGUUUGCUUCAGUCGAGACAGUGCGUCUUUGGGGAGUACUCACCUCACGGCGCACAUACUUGAGAAGCAUUCCUUAACUAUGGAACAAUACCAUGAGCAUAUUUUCGUUUACGAUACGUACGGAGAAGACGAACUAGAACUGUUGAUGUUCAUCGCCUCAACACUUCCGCCCACCUACAAUGAAGUCGGACGCUCAACAACGGCGACUGCAGUUCCGAGGGAUUCAGCUCAUCCACCGACGAAUGAGUCGAGAACACUGGGACGCAUGUGUCCAAUUUGCUUGGAACUGGCGUUUGAGGUUAAUUGUUGCGAGUUGCAGUGCAAACACAAGUUCCACUCGGAAUGUAUUACCCUCUGGAAGGCACAAAACCCUACCUGUCCGGUAUGUAGGAAGCGUAUCGAAAGAUAAGAGCAAUUGGACGGCUUCCGUACACUACUGUACGGACUACUGUUGCAAUUGUAUUUAUAUUGUGUAACUACAAAUAUUUUUCAUCUCAAUUUCGAUGUGUAAGAAUACAUUGG